GCAGUUCCUUCACCCCACCGCUAGGGUUCUGUGUUUACCUCCAGCUGGACUCCAUCCACAGCCUGGAGACAGACUAAUGCGAGUCGCCUCGCCCCGCAAUCCUUCGCGGAUUUCCUGGAGCAGCCGCCGCCACCGUGUGUCGGUGACACUGUAAAGACAAAAGUUGAGAUGAAUAAGGAAAUCAUGUCACGUGUGGUGAAGAAGAGGCUGGCGGACCCCAAGGUGGUCCAGUAUGUGUGGGCGGCCAUCGAGGUCGUCCGCAACCAGAAACAAAUCGCAAACAUGGACAGGAUCUCCAAGUACCUGAGCCGUAUGUUCAGCAUGCACCCUAAGGAGACUGCCAGGCAGCUGAGCUUGGCGGUGAAGGACGGCCUCGUGGUGGAGACCCUGACUGUUGGCUGCAAAGGCACCAAGGCCGGCAUCGAGCAGGAAGGAUACUGGCUGCCCGGAGACGAGAUGGAUCCGAGAGCCGAGGGAAGCAAGGAGUGGGAGGCGGAGAGCCACGACUGGUACUGCUUCGAGUGUCACCUACCGGGCGACGUCCUCUCGUGCGACAACUGCUUCCGUGUUUACCACCUCAAAUGUCUGUCGGAGGAGUUCAGGCCCAGAGAUGCAGGGUCCCACUGGCAGUGCGUCGUCUGCAGGGGCAGUAAAAAGAAGAACCUGAACAAACAGGAGAUGAGUAAAUACCUGCGUUUCAUCGUCCAGCGUAUGAAGGAGAGGGCAGUGGACCUGAACAAGAAAGGCAAAGACACUAAACAUCCCAUGUACAAACGGCUGAUCCACACGGCGCUGGAAGUGUCGAACAUCCAUGAGAACCUGUCUGAAGGAAAGUAUAAAAACUUUGAGGAGUUCAAAGCCGACGCUCAGCUGAUUGUUCACAACACGGCCAUCUUGUAUGGAGUUCACAGCGACCAGGCGGAGAUCGCACGGCUGCUCUUCAGCGACACGUGUCACGAGUUGAACGAGCUGCUUUUGUGUAAGAACUGUUUCUACCUGUCCAACGCCCGGCCAGACAACUGGUUCUGUUACCCCUGUAGCCCCAACCAUGACCUGGUUUGGGCCAAGAUGAAAGGAUUUGGCUACUGGCCUGCCAAAGUCCUCCAGAGGGAUGAAAGCCAGGUGGACGUCCGCUUCUUUGGCCACCAGCACCAGAGAGCGUGGAUCCCCUCGGACAACAUCCAGGACAUCAAGGUGAGCAUCCAGCAGCUGCAGGUGAAGCGCAGCAGCGGCUGGAAGAAGGCAUGCGAGGAGCUGGAGGUCUACCAGGGCUACCUGCGGGAGGGCCGCUUCUGGAAAACAAAGAUGGAGGAAAGCAACAUGCCGUUACACCAGCCUUUGCAGCAGAGCCAGGACCAGGACCAAGACCAGGACCAGGAUCAGAGCCAGAGCCAACAGCAGCAGGAGGGCAGCGGGAGGACGGACAGGCUGGAGCGGACAGACGAAGCCGAGUCCAGCAUCUCCUCCACCAGCAACGAGCAGGUCCGACAACUCAAAGGCAGCCUGGAGCCAAAGGCCAAGAAAAGCCGUCGAUCUCAGAUGGUUCAGCCCAAAGAAGAAGCCAGUUCUGUGCUCCACUGCUCGUCUCUCCACCAGGACCCGGAGCCCGAGGUGGAGGCGGUCAGCUCCAGCCAGGAGAUCCCGGUGGCCUCGGCGCCCCAGCAGCCCGAGAAGCUGUCGGUGUCCACGCAGACCAAGAAGGCGAGCGGCGGGUCGCCGCGCACGCUGCACCGCGGCACCCAGACGAGCAGCGACGGCGCCUGCCAGAACAUGUGCCACGAGAAGUACACCAAGGUCUUCAACGACGUCAAGGAGAUGAUGAAGGCCGACAACAAGAGGGAGACGGAGAGGGUCGUCAGAGAGGCUCUGGAGAAGCUCCGCACGGAAAUGGAGGAGGAGAAGCGCCAGGCGGUGAGUAAGGCGGUGGCCGGAGCUCAGGCGGAGAUGGAGAGGAAGUGCAAGCAGGUGAAGGAGAAGUGUAAAGAGGAGCUGGUGGAGGAGGUGAAGAAGGUGGUGGCCCAAAACAAACAGCUGAUCUCCCAGACCAAGAAGAAGCAGUGGUGUUAUAACUGUGAGGAGGAGGCCAUGUACCACUGCUGCUGGAACACCUCGUACUGCUCCAUCAAGUGUCAGCAGGAGCACUGGCACGCCGACCACAAACGAACCUGCCGCAGGAAGAGAUGAACAAGACCCUCCCCUCCCCCCCUUUGACCUUACACAGCACGCCAUUGGCUCUCGCCCUCUCCUCCGCCUGUCAGUCAGUGUCUACAAACACACACACAACCACACACACACACACUCUCUCUCUUCCCUCCUGCUUCUCUACUUGCCUUUCUGAAAACUUUGUGGACUCGACGUUUUCUGCGUGAAAAAGAGCAAUUUGUUCCCUUUUUGUGUCUCCAUUUGGUUUUCUAUUAUUUAAUAUACCCAUUGUAUUGAUUUCUAUAUAUUAUUGUUGUAGUUGUUUUUACACCUGGAUCAUGGACAGAUUGCUCGAGAGCACGGCUCAAAUGCAGAGUUAUAGUAUGAUAUUUUUAUUUUAUUGUUUUCUUUUACUGAAAUGCUGAUUUUGAGCUUGUGUUAUUUAAGUGUGUCGUAACAUAUGAGUGUUAACGGAAUACAUUUUAUUAUCCGAAUUUUUUAAUAAAUCCCGUUUCUUAACGACCACACGCCGUCAAUCGUACAAGAAGAAUUAAAAGAUACCGCGAGUACUUUUGCAGCUUCAAACUAGCUCCGCUUUCAUAGAGAAAAACCUAUUUAAAAAAAAUUAUUAAAAAAAACUGCAUCGAUGUCGUGGACUACAUGGCUCACCGUGUUAGCAUCUUGUUUUUCAUUAAACCAAUGAGGUGGAUGGCACCUUUUUUUUAUCGUUUCUACCUAAAAUCGUAACGUCCUUAAGUCACUUAUUGGGAACAGGGUCACAACGUCGGUCGUAAAAAUAAAAUAAAAAAGGCGACAAAAUAAUUCAUAUGUAAUUAUAAUAUUAUUCUUAUGCACAUUUUGAGGCUCUUCUUAAUAGACUAGUUUUUAUUAGUCAGAUAUUUAAAAAAUAAAUAAAUAAAACGUUUUUGAUCGGUUCUUAAUUGGGGAAAUGUAGAGCAAUCUUUCCUGAGCUGGAUCUUAGAGAGGUUCCAUGAUUUGACAGUUUUUCCACUUUUUUUUUGCACACUUCACAACCCAAAUGCUUGUAAUAUUGCCAAAAAAACUAAAAAAAUCUGACAAUUUAGUUGAACCGACAUGAAAAUAUCUGGUGACUCCUACAACGUACAAAAAAAUUAUAUAUAUAUUUUUCCAAGCUUUGUCGGUAUAAUUUUUACGGGAACCUCUGGAGGAAAGUGAGAAACUAAAAUAUUUGGCCGAUCCAUUAAAAUAGUUUUCUCUCCUGUGAUCACGAGGCACGCCAGUGUUUUUUUAAAUACUCAUUUUGGCCACAAGGGGCAGACGUGCGCCACGACCCCGUGUUCUAAAUGGGAAUAAUAUCGUUUGUGUUUUCUUUCAUUUAUAUAACUUGUAAGCGCAUAACAUCUCCUUUUCAGCCUCUUGUGGCCGCAGUGAGUAUUACAACAACAAACAUUUGGAGGGAACUAAUUAAAAUAGAUUUCCUCCUGUUCUUAAGUCAUAAACAAAGAAAGGGGAAAAAAAAUUCAUUCACUAGACUUCUUCUUCCUCCUCAGAGCUCCCGUUCAGGUUUUUAAAUUUUUUUAAUGAGUACACUCUUUUCAAAAAAACCUAAAGUGACUCUUUCACUGCGUAUGCUGUAGUUGAUGGUCAGUGCCUGUUUCUCUCUUUUUUUUUUAUUUUGCUCCCAGUAAGGCGACAUGCAUGUUGAUGGUUUCAUAGUUUUUAAUUAUUUUUUUUCAAUACGGUAAAAAAAAAAAAAAAAAAAAAAAAGUCCAGAAGCUCGCUGGUGUUCAAUAAGCGACGACGGAUGGACCGAUAUAAAACUUUAUGCAAAUGUGAAUGAUCAAAUGUAAUCUUUUCUAUAGCUUUUCCCUGCACUGGAUGUUGAGUGUGUAGAUAUGGUGCUCGGAAAAACGUUUGUUUUUAUUCCAUUUGUUUUUUUUGUUUUUAAAGUUGGCAAUAAAAUUGCCGGUUUAAUUCUCUUCAGUGUGAAACGUGUGACACUCUUACAGUUCGUUGACUUGUUUCCUCAGUGAUGAAGCUUGACUGAACGGAGGAAAACGAUUCAGCUAAAAUACCGUAAAUUCUCACAUAGUGGGCGGGACCUUUUUUAAAAAAAAUGUAAUUGUUAUUCAUCUCAACUAAAGAUGGAACUAAAACUUUUAUAUCAAAUGCCUUCUUAUUUCGCCCCCCCCCC